AUGGUGAUCAGCUCGGAAAAAACUGCCGAAAGCCCUGCACGACCUGAUACUCCUGUCAUCGACAAGAUGACUACGCCUACACUUGAUAGGAGCCUCAGGUCAGGAGAAGUUGCCAAAGUUGACUCUUGGCUUAGAAGCAUGAGGUGGAAAGCAAUGGAGCAAGAUAUGGCCAUGACUUCCGCCGAACAAGAGGAUAAACGUAGAAGCUUGUUGGAGAUCUACGGAGGAUCUGCUACUCUGGAAGGACAGGAACUGGAUUCAGCAGGUAGACCCUUUCUUGACCCAACCAAAGAAACCGUCGCUCAACAGAAUCUUAUGGUCCAGAAAUGGUUCAAAAUCGAAUCAAUCUCUGCCGAUAAUCGUACCUUUCGACUUAUAGCUCUCAAAUCUGGUUUUCUCCAAGAUAAUGAAGCUGAAGAUAUGCCAUUGAUGAUCGAGCUUAAGGAUAUGGACAUUGCGAAGGCUGAGGAGUACUGUUCGUGGCUUAACAAAGAAUGCACCGGUUGUCGCAGUAUCGACAAACUCCUCAGACAGUUCGCGCUUCAUGUGGAUGUCAAAGAGGGACGUACUGGUCCUUUCAAUGACUCUGCACCACCGAAGGAUCUCGUCGACGUUAUUCUCAACCCCGACUAUCUCCUCCAAGCUGCUCAAAGUUCGAUGAUCGGAGUCGAUGCUGCCUUCGCUCGUAUGGCGAAUAGGUACAUUGAACCUCCUGAAUAA